AGACACUGCAGAAUUGUGGGAAAUGUGGUCAAACGCAAAUUCUUUCUGCCAGUAUUAGAUUAAGGGAUGGUGUCUUUGUAUGUCCAGCCGGUGACAUAUCUUCAAGCAAAGUGCACCAUUACUUACUGCAAAUCAUAUGAAGGCCUACCGUGUUAUUGCGCCAUGAUGCUAGAAGAUAAAGCCACUCCCAAGAUGAAUGGUAGUCACGGGAGAAGUGCUGUGUCUGUUACUUUGAAAAGACCUUCUUCAGAACUGAGUGCUCGGAAGAUUAAAGAUAGUGCAGCAGACUGGCAUAAUUUCAUGUUGAAAUGGGAACAGCUGAAUGAUUCUGGUUUUGCUAUAGCAAAGAAAAUUGUAAAUAUGAAACUGAGUUCACAAUUGGAACAAGAGUCCAAGCUGGAGUUGGAAAUGAGCAGCAUCACUGUAGAGUCUACAAAAGCACCUUUGAUGUUCAACAAGGAGCUUGAUGAUUGUUGCACAGAGUUGCUUGCAAUACAGGACAGCAUGGCAAAACUUGUUUCAAAAAUGGAAAAGCUAUGCUCUGCUGUAAAAGGGAUAUGUGAUUUAGAAGCAUACCAUCAUGGAGAUGCAGCGCAAGAGAUAUCUUUAUUUCAUACAUGGCCUAUGGCUUACUUCAGGGAAACCUUCAUGAAGCUGGCAGAAAUGUAUAAAAAGGAGCUUGAUUUGAAGAGAACUAUAGUUCGGGAGAUUGCUCAUGCUACUGAACAAAAUAUCAUGAUGAUUUAUUUAUCCUCUUGGCUGUACCAGCCUUAUAUUGAAGACAGUGGAAGAUUACUGCUGGAAAGCAUGUUACUGGAGACAGGACACAGACCUCUAUAUACAGCUAAAUGAGAACUUGUUUCAUAUAACUAUGGAAUCAUCGUUUUCAGCUAUAUUGCACUGUUUUGGAAUAAGUCUAAAAUGUUUUUAGUUUUUCUAAUAAAAGUCAGUUUGAAUUAUA